AGGCCACAAAUGAACAUAACACCAGUGAAGACUGGACUCUUAUCAUGGAUAUCUGUGACCGUGUUGGGACUACACCAAAUGGGCCAAAAGAUUGUCUGAAGGCUAUUAUGAAGAGGGUAAAUCACAAAAAUCCUCAUGUGGCGAUGAAGGCCUUAACGUUACUAGGUGCCUGUGUCUCGAACUGUGGGAGGAUUUUCCACCUAGAAAUAUGUUCGCGUGAUUUUACAAGUGAAGUUGGAAAUUUAUUAAGUGUAUAUAAUAAGGCUCAUCCGAAAGUAUGUGAAAAGCUGAAGGCAUUGUUGGUGGAAUGGGUGGAGGAGUUUCAAAAGGAUCCCCAGCUCAGUCUUAUUGCUGCUACCAUUAAAGCACUUAAAGAAGAUGGUGUCUCGUUUCCUUCAAUGAGCUCUCAGAGCCAGAGCACUUCAAAUUCAUCUAAAGACAGCAUAACAGCAGCAAGUAGAAGUACUGAAGAUGUUGACCUAGCUAAAGCUAUUGAGCUUUCCUUGCAGGAGCAGAAACAGCAACAGACAGAAACUAAGUCCCUGUACCCAUCAACAGAAAGUGCUCCAAACAGCCACAGAACUGAAAUACGCAUGGUUCGUGCCCUUUAUGACUUUGAGGCUGUAGAAGACAACGAGCUUACUUUUAAAGCUGGAGAAAUUAUCACUAUUUUAGAUGACAGUGACCCCAACUGGUGGAGAGGAGAGACGAAAAGAGGAGUUGGACUUUUUCCUUCAAACUUUGUAUCGACCAGUCUGAAUGCAGAGCCUGAGCCUGAGAAGAUUGUCGUGACAGAGGAGACAUCUGUACAAGAUAUUCAGCCUUCGGAGCCUGAGCCAGUUUAUAUAGAUGAGGAAAAGAUGGACCAGGUUUUGCAGUUGCUUCAAAAUGCAAUUCCCACUGACCAGCAGCCUGACUCAGCAGAACUGCUACAUCUAGAAGAUGUCUGUCAACAAAUGGGACCAAUCAUUGACGAGAAGCUUGAAGAGAUAGACAGGUGUGACACCAGACGAGUGUAUCCAGGACAGACCCAGAGUGGGACGUAUAUGCCAGCGGGCAUGUCGCAGGUGACAGCCAGCCAGGGCUACAGUUUAGGACCUGAACAGAUUGGUCCGCUGAGGUCCCUGCCUCCGACUAUAAACUCAGCCAGUGCAACCCAGAGCAGUCAGAUGCCCUACAUGAGCACCGGACCACCACAAGUCUACAUGACUCAAGCAGCAAGCCUUCAGGUGACAACUGGACCAGCAGCUCCCUACACAGCGCAACCAGGACUGAGUAACGAUAUGCCUGCCUAUCAGAACACUACUGUCAGUGGACCUCCAGCUGCUGGAUACCCAAUGGUCUCCCAAGCCCAGCAUAUUCCUCAGCACCACUCUAACUAUUUUCAGCAGCCUCUGCUUUAAGAGAAGUACAGCUCAUGUGAGCCUUUCAGCAGAUCUCCUGGUUUCCGUAUUAUUGUGCUAGAUACUGCCCUGCUGAGAUUUUGUCACACAAUGGGAGUACUGCACCAAUAAGUAGAGAUCCCCUAUAUCGGGCGUUUACUGCAGGCAGUUAAUUUUCUGCCACCUUCUUGCUUUAAUGAAAAGUGAUACUUUUUUUUGGUAAUCUUUAGAUGUCUGUCUCCACUCUACAUAUUGUUUAAUAUGAUUGCACCCUGUCUUACUCCCUCUGCUAUUCACAUGAUUUGGCAGCUCUGGUUAGUUGCCAUUUGCUAGAGACUGGGGAAGCAGUGUACCCACUGUAAUUGAUUCACAAUGAGGCAUAUCUUCCUGUGGCCCCAGCAGCAAUAUAAGAACUGUGAAAGGCCACAGUCCCAAACUACCCUUGUGCAGUCCUGCUGUGGCCUCCAAGCCAGAUGAGGGUAGCAUAAGGUUCCCUGUGCUUGGUAAUCUGAACUCAGCUGGAGAGAGGCUGCUGUUGGCUGCAAUGCUCCUGGAUGAGAGAAAUGGCCAGGGUUCAAAUCAAAAGAAAAUGCACGAGCCUUGCAGGCUACCUGAAGGAAUUUGCUUAAAUGCUCAUAGCAUGGUAUAGUUGAACACACUGUUUCAGUGCCGCCUCAAACCCGAGCUAGGAAUGCUGUGGUCUUUUGUUUUGGAACCCAGUUUAGGUGUCCACAUGAAGACACAGCCCUUGACAGAAAUGAGUAUCACUGCCCAAUCCCGAAGGGAAUGGCCAGGGCAAGGCUCUAGUUCAUCCUGGUCUUCAGGUUUCCAAUUUCGGCUGUGACAUUAUGAUUCUACAAUUCACCCAUGGUUUUACUGUCACUCCACAAGCUGAUCAGGCUGGAAACCCAUGCGAAGGUGUUCGGGACACAAUUGAUUGUGGCAAGGACCUCCUGUGAAUGAAAAAGUACCUGAAAGCAACACCCCACCGGGGUUUUGAAGUAAUCGGUUCAGCCUGGUUUGUUUGAAAGAAAUGAGUAAUCAAAAGCAGUGAUGUGUGGGGAGCAUAUUAGAGAAUUUACAGUACAAGAGAGCAGUCUCUGGGAUCAUUUGACAGUGUGGUGAGCAUAUUAAUAGUGUUGGGAUCUGUAAGGCUCUAGUGCACUGCCUUUACUGACUGAGCUAUCAGCCCUAGUUUCUGUAUUCUUCUGUUGGCCUGUUGAUUUCUCCCUCCUGUAGCAUGGGCAAUACUAAUUUAGUUAGGCCUGACUUGGUACCAAUUUACAUUCUUUGUUUGUUGCACUCGUACAGUGAUCCAGAUUGCUGCUGUUUUUUUUCCCUUUUUUUGAGUUUUGUAGCACAAUAGAAUCACUUAUUGUGUUUGUUUCUCAGCUGGCAGUUAUUGUCAAGUUGCACUUUUCUCAACAACAAAAGCGUGUUGCAUGUUGCCCACACACUUUCAAACCUCACCAACUCAUGCACAACCCACCUUCUGGAAUUGGUCAGUGUUGGGAUAAUUCUCCCUUGACACUAGAGCUUCAAGAGAUUUGUCCACAUUCCUUCGUUUUCCCAUUGUCACAUCUCCAAGUUUACUGAUGAUGAGAAUUUUAUUGGAAUUGUUUUAAUUCUGUUUUUGUUAAACCCCCCAGAAUUUGGAUGUCGCUCAUUAGCACUUGCUGCAUCUUUACAGUGAAGGGUAGAGUUAUUAGUGUGGGAGUUGGGGUUUGAGAAGAAAUUAUAAACUUUAGUCUUUAGAAGGAUCACCAAGGGAGUGGAGUGCUCAUCUUUUUAGUAUCCUGAGGAAUUUAUCCUGUCUUCAUCUUGUUGCACUAUAAUAGACUUCUAACAUCACAGAUCUCAUACCUCUAUCCCACAUCCCAUCUCCUUGACCAUGUUUUGACUUAUUUUAUAUUUAAUCAAUAUUUUGAAGCAGGACUAGCUAAAAUGCAGAAUUUUUGUUGCAUUUGAUUUCAAUCUGACAUUCUUGUUCUUGGGACUUUGGAUGUCUGACAAUUUACAAAAAGAAAUAUAGAUCAAUCGUGUUUUAAAGUUUUAAUGACUAAUUCCACAUCAAAUUAGUAUAAGGCGUAAUAGAAAGCAAUCAAGCAGCCAUUCUCCACUAAAUAGACAGAAUAGGGUUUGAUCAACUCGAGUUGGAUUACUGAAGUUAAUGGAAGUAUUGGGAGAGUGGCAGGGAGAGGAGUAAAGACUGUUGGCAACAAAGACAUGCUGCAUUUGUAAUGCUGUUCCUUCACAAUGUUGAAAGUGUUUUUCUUUUUAAUGGAAUUUACAUACAACUGUAGCACUUGACAGUGUUGCUUGCAGAUUAGAUAAAGAUUAUCCAAUGCCUGUGUGCCCAAACCACUUUUUUUAGAACUGAUUUUUAACCAGACAUUCUGCCUUGCGCACCCAAAACUAAAAACAAGAUAUCUCCCAAUUACAAAUCUUUUCAUGAACCUCUUCUGCCUUCUGAUUUGGCCUCUGGAUCUUUAGUGAGCUGACCCUCACCUAGAUGGAUUCUAUAAUGUUUCUGCUUUUAAUUAUUGCAGUUUUUCCCCUCCUACUGUCCACAGCCAAGGCUGCCAACCAUGUAUUCCGAUCUAUCCUGGGAAUGACCAACUCCUGAGUGAAGCUGAUUCUGUAGAGCAGUUUUUUGUGCAGUUCCAUUCUGGCUAGAACCCAUCAGACCCGUGUACAAUCUGCUCUUUGUGAGGCACUUUAAAUCCCAAAAGUCACUUUUAUUCCAAUUAAUUUUGGCAUUUUCUUGCCACUUUGUUUUAUUUAUGUAGAAUUUACAACACAGAAACACAUCAUAUAACCCAACUGAUCCUUGUUGGCAUUUAAACUCUGCAAGCCUCCAUUCAUCUGUCUUUUCCUUUCAGCCUAAUUAUCCAACUUUCCCUUAAACAUACUGUUGGGCUUCACCUAAACUACUCCCAGGAAGAUGUUUCUGUUGAGCUCUUCUAAUUAGUGACUCUCAUGUAUUUGUGGACUUUCCAGAAGAAGAAACAUCUAUUCCAUUAUCUAACUUGUCAAGUCUUUCCUAAAUGUGAGAACUUCAGUGCUCCUACCAAUUUGUAGAGCGGAAGUGCAGCUCAUGUGAAGUGGCUGUUUUGAUAGCCUGAAUAUUUACUUAAUUCUCGAGAUAUUGGAGAUUUUCUUGGACUUUGAAUUACUAGUAGACUGUAUACAUUCUCAAUUCAGUAACAAGACCAGGCUUGAAGGAAAGAGAUGUUAGUCAUUUUAUUUUGCUGUUAAAUCUUUGCUCCCUUUAUUUUAAUUUGGUUUUAUUUAUAUAAAUUACUUGUAUUCAAAAUCAGCACAAUAUGAUGGAAACCAAUUUCUUCCCUUCCCUACUGACCCUUGAAUAAAUUCUAUCAUACUGUAUGUUGAACAGAUUGUUUAUAGUUGUACUUUAUUCCUCCCACAAGAAAAAUCGCUGUUUAGCGGUUUUGACUGGUUUCCCCACUCUUGACUUGCUUUUAUGUGAUGCUUGAUCAUUGUAAGUGAGAGUGUGGGAUUCAUCUUUUCCUUCAAGUUGUUUUUAUUUUGCAUCUAUCUGAGAAUCUUUAAUUUUAUUCUUUCUCCAUUGAGUGCUGUAAUAUACAGAGAUGCAAGGUGUCAGCAAGAAUGAAACACACUGUUCGCUUGUACUGACGUUUACUAGGCUUCUGGGACUUUCAAAAUAAUAAAGGAAUUAAUUUUUGUUUAAAA